UUCCGCAUUGUACAGGCGCCCGUUAUAUAAACCACACUCAAACUAAACAAAACUCUACGGAGAGUGUAAACAGUAAAAACAAAACUCUACGGAGUGAUAAUUUAUUAAGUUUGAUGAGAGAGGUGAAAACAAAGUGAUUAAUAAUGAAUGGAGAUGUAAGAAUAUCAGGAGAAUAUCCACAACAACUUUGCCACAGAGACAACUCAGCAGUACUUAACCAAUCAACUCUUCACAAUCAGGGAAGAUAUGACCCCGCGUACGUGAUCGCCCCGCCGCCUCAAGUCGGUUCAGAUCACCAGCAUAAAACCGCCGCCGCCUUUUUCGCAAAAAAGAAUAAAAAGGGCGGGAGUAUUCCGGCUUCUCCGCGCCGAUCAUGCGAACAGAACCCAUCGAAUGAUCAUCUUAUGACCGGAUUUGCCGGGAUACUGGGUCGGUGCCCACCCCCUCCCCCGGGCAUCCUACUCAAGAAGAUGCUGGAGCCAAGGGAUAACCAGGGGCUGGGGAAGGUUCGUGUGUAUCUCCGGGUUAUGACGGAGAGUGGUCUAGAGCAUGGUAAAGCUGAUUUCUUCAAGAUGGAUAAGAAGAAGAAGCAGGUUACUCUCCUGGGUCCGGAGAGGGUUGAGGACGGAGAUAAACCUGAUCAGGACCGGGAGAAGGUUGGGUCUAAACCUGUCAGUGUUGAAAUAGGGCUUGAGAAGAAACCCCUGGAUGUCCUGGCUCCAAGAAUGUUCGCGUUUGAUGGAGUUUUUACAGAUGAAGAUACUCAAUCUGAGCUGUCAUCCAGCUGUCUACCUGAAUUUAUACAGUCCGCUGUCUUUGGGACAGAUGCCACACUUUUCAGUUUUGGGCACUCUAACCUUGGAAAGAGCUUUACAAUGUUGGGACGCGAUGAAUCAAGUCGAAGCAUUGGAAUCAUUCCUACAUCUAUAUCCUGGAUAUUCAGGUGCGUGAAGGAGGUGAAGGAGAAGACAGGGAUGAGGUUAACCAUCAAGGUGUCCGCCCUGGAGAUAGCUGGGAAUAGAGAAGAGUUGAGGGACCUACUAGUUUCAUUACGAGGUCAAGAGGUUCAACAUCAAGUGAGUUUGGAGUCUAAGCUUCAUGGCUCUGGUUUCCAAUCUUUGACGGAAGUUCGAGCUUCGUCAGCUGAGAAGGCUGGUUAUCUUCUGGACUAUGCUCUGGCUCGGAGAAUACAUAGUACACAGGGUACCUCGCACUUCAUGUUGAGUCUUCAUAUUUAUCAACAAACUGCCAACAGUGAUCAAUAUCUUGGAAAAAGUCGGUUGAAUCUAAUAGAUUUCGGGCACUGUGAGAGAAAUCUAACUAAAGGAGGGAGUAUCACUCAGGCUGGUCUUGGUCAUGUUAUUCUUGGGAUAUUAAACGGGCAGCGUCAUCUACCAUUUAAGGAGUCCAGGGUGACCUGCCUUCUGAAGGACUGCCUGGCGCCCCUGAAGAGUUUGGUGGGGAUGGUUGCCCACGUGUCCCCCUCCCCGCCUCACUACUCUGAGACCCUUCACACAAUACAGCUCGCCAGUAGAAUACAUAGAAUUCGCAGGAAAAAGAAGGCCGGAGGUAGUUCUGGAGGAUCCGGAUCUGGGAGUUCAGAUGAGAAUCGGAGAUUGGUCAGACUAAACCGGAUACCAGGCUUAGGAAACUCCAGCUCCGACAUGACGACCUCUACUGACCCGUCCUCCUCCGAGCAGUCCUGCGACACCGUGAUCUACCUGGGGCCGAGGGACGAGGAGGGGACAGAUGCAGAAUCCCCUCCUGUAUACCUACCCACCCUAUUUACAGGGGAUAACAGGGGGAUGAUGUCCAGGGUGUUAAGGGGCAGCACGGCUGAGUUGCCCCCCUCAAAGUACCGCUCCCUGGACCGUAAAGGAUCAUGCUCCCCCCGCUACUCCCUCAGCUCUCAAUCCCCUCCCUCCAGCCACACCAGCACGCCGGUUAGAGCACCCUCUACGCGGUCAGGAGGAUCAGGGCUACUUUCCCCCGGGGGUAAACGAUAUAGUUCCCUACCCCGGAACCCCCAGGGGAAGAUGCCCCUGUAUGGGAAGGUGGCAGGGUAUAAACAACCUCCUACUCCUGUUUUACACCAAACUCCUGGAAAAUCUGAAUCUUCAGGUGUGAGUAAGGAAGAGUUAUGGGUGGAUACUGUGCCAGUCUGUGAUAAAGAUGUGAUAUCAGUUCAGUACAAUGAUAACCAGGUAAAUAUUACAUGUUAUGUACUGGAUAUUGAUAUAUAUAUAAACUAG